AUGGCAACCGAGAAGAAGCCCCCAAUCACAUGCCACGUCCUCGACACCUCCCUCGGGCGCCCCGCAGCCUCCAUACCCGUAACCCUGACCCUCCACAAUGCGCAGCAAUCCUCCUCCAGCGAAGUGAAGAAGUUUAGCGGUAUCACCAACGCCGACGGACGCGUUACAAGCUGGACGCCCUCAUCACCCUUCUCCUCUGACUCGCUCGAAACGGUGUUUGCGCGGGAAACUGGGCAUCAAAAGUAUAGUCUGACUUUUGAUACGGAAGAGUAUUUUGGGGCAAGGGGGAUUAAGACGUUUUUUCCCGAGGUCGAGGUUAAGUUUGUGGUUAGGGAGGAGGCGCGGAGUGAGCAUUUUCAUGUGCCCGUGCUGUUGGGGCCGUUUGGGUAUACGACGUAUCGGGGGUCGUGA